CACCCUGUGAUAGUGUCUCCUGAUUGGCUUCGCGACCGCAGGGCUCAAGUGGCUUUCGCUAGAGUUGCAGAGCGCGGGAGACCGGACCUAGAGGAGAGCUGCUGGUUCAGCGCGGGUUCCGCGCGGGUCGGGGAGCGCCCGACAGCCCCAGAGCUGCCACCCAGCAUCGCACAGACCCACCCCCGCUCUGCGCCAGGCUCCACCCCAGCCCAGGACCCUCCACACCAGCAUGGACUGCUGCACCGAGAGCGCCUGCUCCAAGCCAGACGACGACAUUUUAGACAUCCCGCUGGACGAUCCCGGUGCCAACGCAGCUGCUGCCAAAAUCCAGGCCAGUUUCCGGGGCCACAUGGCAAGGAAGAAGAUAAAGAGCGGAGAGUGCGGCCGGAAGGGCCCGGGCCCUGGGGGACCUGGGGGAGCUGGGGGUGCCCGGGGAGGGGCAGGCGGCGGCCCCAGCGGAGACUAGGCCAGAACCGAACAUUUUAGAAGUUCCCAAGGAGAGAUGGAUGCCGCGUCCCCUUCGCAGUGACGAGACUUCCCUACGAUGUUUGUGACCCCCGCCUUCCCACCAACCUGCCAGCUUCAGGAGCCCCCUGCGUCCCAGAGACUCCCUCUCCCAGUCUGGCUUCGUCGCGGAGUGGCCAAGUCCGUGCCCUUUCAGUUAGUUCUCCAGUCUAGCGUGGUCUCCUUCUUCCGCAUCCACGCCCCAAACCCGGUGCUCCCGAAUUUUCCUUUCGCUUCUCGCCCACCUCUCCCGCGCUCAGCAUGCAGCUCUGCCUCUGCAGCCUCCGUGCCCUUCCCGGCGCGUACUGCGGAGGGCGCCCUAUGCGUCGCCCAAGUACACUCACUUAAAAAAGAAUAAGCAACCAACCAAGUCCUUUCGUUCUGUGCGCAGCGAAAGGGGGCGCCCCGCGUCUCUUGUGCAGUUUCCACCCCAGCCUAGCCUCAGCCCCCUAAAUCUGAGGCUAAGAAAGUGGGGAAGGGGGUUUUUCAUGGUGUCUGAUGCCCCUUGCUCUGAUAGGAAGGGAGGUCACUAUCCCACACCUGCCUGUCAUUCCCUUUUCCUUCUCCCCAGCACACCCUGAGAGCUGCCUCUCCGGCUCUCCAACUGUUUAUGCAAAUACCACCGAGCGCCUGGAGGCUCGGUAGGAGGAGUCUUCCACGGCCCUGCCCCCGCUGGCUCCGGCCCCGCUGGGCUCUUGGGGCUGUGGCCGAAUCUCCGUGUGCAUGUGACCGUGCUGGGUUGGAAUGUGAACAAUAAAGAGAAAUGUCCAAGUGUU